AUGUACAAUGCUAGAUACAAACAUGGAAGAGAGCUGCUGAACGAUAAUUUUCUAAAAAAUGUAUGUUUUGCUCAGAUUGCAGAUGAUGUUUUCCAGGUACGUGCUUAUUGUAGCGCGACCAUGAAAAAAACACAGCUUUAUCAAGUAAAGUUUGAGAUAUGCAGCAAGAGACAACAGAUAACAAAAUCAAAUUGUGAAUGUGUGGCAGGCGCAGGAAAUUCCUCUGCAUGCAAGCACGUUGCAGCGCUGCUUUGUUGUGUGGAAGAAUUUGUAACUACAGGACAAGUCAUUCAAAACCCAGGAUGUACGAACGCUCUGCAGGCUUGGCACAAACCUCCGAAAAACGCCCCAAAGGAUCUUAUAAAUGAAUCCAUCGAAAAUAUUAUGUCAAAAAGAAAGCAGAAAACAUUGAGAACCAACUGUGCUGUGCCUGCUCUUGAAGAUAACGCUCUAUGCUUGCAAACAACUGAUGAACUCAUAAAUAUAACUUUAAAUGCUGGGUUGAGCAGCACUAUGAACACCAACAGGGUCGUUAAUAUGAUUGGCAAUUGA